AGUCCGACUGAGCGCUAGCUCAAUAGCUUAGUCAUGAGCAGCCCGUGUGUUUGGGGACAAAGACAAGCGCUCGGCUGCUGGAUAUAAGGGCAGAGUCCGAGUCCGUGAUUAGCUAAUAGUGGCUUAACACUGCCUGAGUCUGUUUUUUGGCCUCUACUUAACACUGUCAGCGCGGCUUUGUUAAAGAGCAGGCGCUAGCUUAGCUCGCUAGCUGUGUGUUUGUGUGCGGGUUUAAAGGUCCGGUUCGGGUUUGGUACGGAGCUUUCGCUAAACUGGCGAGGUGACCAAUGAUGAAUCGGUUCCGAAAGUGGCUUUAUAAGCCAAAGAGGUCAGAUCCACAGCUGCUGGCCCAGUUCUACUAUGCAGAUGAAGAGCUGAACCAAGUGGCCAUUGAGCUGGACAGUCUGGACGGCAGAAAGGACCCUCAGAGGUGUACACUGCUGGUCAACCAGUUCCGCUCCUGCCAGGACAAUGUUUUAAACAUCAUAAAUCAGAUCAUGGAUGAAUGCAUACCUGAAGACCGAGCCAACAGAGACUUCUGUGUAAAGUUCCCAGAAGAGAUCCGCCAUGACAACCUUGCCGGGCAGCUGUGGUUUGGGGCAGAGUGCCUGGCAGCAGGAUCAAUCAUUAUGAAUCGUGAAAUCGAGAGCAUGGCCAUGAAACCACUAGCUAAAGACCUCACCCGUAGCCUGGAGGAAGUACGCAACAUCACACGAGACCAAGCGCUACGAGAUCUCAACAACUACACAGACCGCUUGAAGGAGGUGCUACGUCAGUUUGACAGCCUCUUCGCUGAGUUUGAGCUCAGCUACGUGUCAGCCAUGGUGCCUGUGAAGUCUCCUAAAGAGUAUUACAUCCAGCAGGAGGUGAUUGUGCUCUUCUGUGAGACAGUUGAGAGGGCCCUAAAGCUUGAGUAUCUUACACAAGACAUGAUUGAUGACUACGAACCAGCUCUCAUGUUUACAAUCCCUAGACUUGCCAUUGUUUGUGGCCUUGUUAUCUACUGUGAAGGGCCUCUUAACCUAGACCGCAAACCAGAGGACAUGUCUGAACUCUUCCGGCCUUUCCGUACUUUGCUGAGAAAAAUAAGGGACCUGCUGCAGACUUUAACGGAAGAAGAGCUCGUGACGCUGGAGCACAGCCUCUGCAUCUCCCAGGAUGGAGAUUUCCCUGCAGGCUCCAGUAUGUCAUCGACCAAUGACCCAGCUGCUUCCACUGGUCCUGAGAGCCAUCUAGAGACACUGGAACAGGAUGAUGGAGUCGAGGAGGUGGUGGAUCUCACACUUUGUGUAGCCCAGGAAGAUGAUUCUGCAUGGAAGGAGAAUGAGGAGAGAAAGGAGCAGCCCGAGUCCUCCAGUGAGAGUGAAGAGGAGGAGGCCACAGAUGCAGAGUUGGCUUGCUCCAUGCAGUAUGAUGAAGAAGAGAGAGAGCAACUUAAUAUGAUGGUGCAUCAAGUGGGGGACGAAAUGUCUACGCUGCUUUCCCCUCCAAGUCAGAGUCAGUCUCCAGCCCAUCGGCCUCGGCCCUAUAGAGGAAGUAGUCUCGAAGGAUCCAGUGCCGCCUCCAGCACUCACGUAUCUCCGCGGAGAGUCCCGGGAUCAUACCACGAUGAUGAUCGAGUGUUCUUUAUGGACGACCUGGAGUCUGGUGUAACUAGCGAGCUGUGCCGCGGGCAACUUCCUCUUCCUACCAUAUGCUUUAGAUCCCCAGAGCACAGUAGGCCCGCCCUGUUGACUGACUCCACGUGUAACGGUUGGCUGACAGUCUGUCAAUCAAGCAAUGACAACAAUAUGGUUUGCCAACGCCAAUCAGCCGAGUCUGUGGGGAGCUCCGAAAGGUCACCCAUGGUGAACGGCUGGGAAGGGUCACAGGAGGAGGACAGCGUACAGACUGCGGAAGAAAUCGCCAAUCGGACCGGUGGAAUGAAAUUGUCCGCCACUGUUAUAUUUAACCCUCAUUCCCCAAGCUUGACCGACUUGGCCGUCGUUGUACCUCAUUCAGCAAGCGUUCUGGAAUCCGGUGAGGGCGGGGCUUUAGUUGCCACUCAGUGCCUACUUAACUCCUGCGUGUGCUGCACUGGCGGAUGCGAGGAUGCCCUGGAGCCUGCUGGACGGGGCAUGACGCUGGGGUUUGAGAAGCACAAGCUCACCAUUACGAGCUCUGUCUUUCAAUCAGCAGUAGCUGCUGGCAGCCCAGGGAAGGGAAAUGGACAUUUACCACUCACUCUGCCCCCUUCUCAGGUCCACCUCACCCCUUCUGUACCACACGGUUCUGUGCAGAACCAAGUGAGAGAAGAUGAAGGUAGUCAGGACUUUUCCCACUAUCCCUGCUGUGAGAAAUGUGCCCCAGGGGUUCUUCUGACUCAGGAUAGAGGCUCGGGACAAGGGGAGGGAGGACCUAGUUGCACCCAUCAGGACACGGGAUGCCCGACGCAACCUAAAACUACAGUUAAAGGGAAAUUGGAAGGUUUUGGAAAACAGCCAAAGGAAGAUAACAGAAAGAACUCUAGCAGUUCUCAGGAGUCCCCCCUCAGUUCUGUCCCCAGCAGUGACAUUGAUGGUGUUUCUAUCACUACAUGCAGUUUGUCGAGUUCAUACACACCCAGUCCUGUCAGUAGCCUGACAACCAGCUCGGACAUGUCUGAGGAUCUGGAUCAUCAGGAGAUUCAAGUGGCUUUGCAAGCUGCCAAACUCGCUGCUCACUACAAAAUUCGCUCACGUUUCCAUAGCAGUAGUGACCUCAUCCAUCGCCUUUUUGUCUGCAUAUCAGGUGUGGCUGAUCAGUUGCAAACUAACUAUGCGAGUGACCUGCGAAGCAUCUUAAAGACUCUAUUUGAGGUCAUGGCUACAAAAUCCGACCAAGGGGACACUGAGAAGCCCAAGAAAGGUCCUUGUCUGGCCAGUGCUGUACUGGAAGACUGUGCUCUCUGUCAAGAGACCAUCUCUUCAUCAGAGCUUGCUGCCAAAGCCCGAGAGGGUCAGUUUGAAGACCCUCCUGAAUGGGUACCAGAUGAGGCCUGCAAUUCCUGCAUUGCAUGUAAAGCGCCAUUUACAGUCAUCAGAAGGAAACAUCACUGCAGGAGCUGUGGAAAGAUCUUCUGUUCCCGCUGCUCAUCACACUCAGCCCCGUUGCCUAGAUACGGUCAGAUGAAACCGGUGAGAGUUUGCACUCACUGCUACAUGUUCCACGUAACGCCUUUCUACAGCGACAGGACUGGUAUCUGACCACAGCGCUCUCUCUCUCUCACACACACACACACACACACAGAGACAUGAGCACACUACCAUGAGUUUUACUGAGACUUCAUCGGGAACAUACGUGCACAUCAUUUUCGUCAUCCUCCAAAAAAAUUGUAAAUAUGAACACUAAAUGCAAUCACUUAAAAGCGAAAGAAACCACCUUGACCAGGGAACAAAGUGAGAAGGACUGAAAUGGUAACGGUUGGGAAUGACUCAAGCACAUAAAGGAAGUACCCCAUCGCUAUGGGAGCCAAAGUAUUUAUUUAGGGCUUUGCUUUAAAAUAAUGAGCUUAAUUACAAAUUUGUUUUAAUCGAGCAUGGAACAAGUGGGCUAUUCUGUAAAACAGAAGUGCACCCGAAAAAAUACAGCUUGUUAAUAGGAUUUUGUCUGGCAGUAAUUGUGGCUUUAUUAACACCGGAGGCUCUAUGGGCUCAGUUUUCCAGAGUGAAUGUAAACUGUGAGCACAUUAUUAAUUUGAGAAUUACAAAACUGUGACAUAUAUGAAGACAAUAAUACUAACACUAACUGCACCAUCAGUGACACCUUUGUGGCACAAUAUAGCACAGAUGUUUUUUUUCCAAAUGUUUUUAUUUAGACAAUAAUGCUGCUUUCUGUAAAACAGAGAAGUGAUAUUUGGGGAUUAGAUGAAUGGCCAAAAAUACAUGCGUGUAUGUGUGUGUGUGUGU